GGAAAAAUGCAACCGUGGAGGUGCAGCUCUCUCUCCUUGUUACUGGAGUUGGUCACAAUACUUUUGCUAGUACUUUCGAUUGAUGCUAAAAUUUAUGACCGAUGUGAAUUAGGAAGAGAACUUUAUGAGAAAUACCAUAUUCCACUGGCAGACAUUUCAAAGUGGCUUUGUAUUAUCCAUUGGGAAAGUGCCUACGAUACACAUGCAAUGAAUAAUGGAAGAAAAGAAAGUUCAAUCGAUUAUGGAAUGUUUCAGAUAAACAAUGAUAAGUGGUGCAAAAGCUCCUUGAGACCAAGCCAAAACCGAUGUCAGACAUCAUGUGAAAAUUUUCUGGAUGACGAUAUUUCCGAUGACGUCAGAUGCAUUCAACUGAUUUUACGAGAAAAAGGAUUUAAUGAAUGGAUGUCCUAUGGCCUUCGAUGUAGAAGCAAUACAGAUGAAUAUUUUAAGAACUGUGACCUAACUUCAAGGGCACUGAAUGUUGGGAUGAAGGUCAAAUUAGAGCCUCAACCAGCAGUGAGAUUCAAUGUCAAGCACGUACCAGAUUAUCCAUACUUUGCAAAAGUCAGGGUAGGACUACUGACACAGCCAAAAGGCUUCAAGUUGAACACAGACAUAAAAGAAACCAAGUUGAACUUUUUUACAAAACAUUUGGGAGCCUACUACCGGAUGAAACCUUUUUUCAGUCUUAAGCAAUACGUUACAAGGUAA